AGCAUUUUAAUGUUGCACCGCAACAUUCACGUGUAAACAACUUGUAUGAUUUUGUUCUACAUAGUUUAUUUAUGUAGACAUAUUGUCAUACGUGUCGCUUCAGUAGUCAAUACUAAGAAAUCGUAAUUCAGCAACUAGUUUAAUAUUCAAUUCCAUCCACCUUAUUUGGAGUGAAUAUGGCUUCACUAUCACAACAGAGCGAUGAUAGCGACGAUGGCAUGGACGACUUUAUGGAGAAAUUCAAGAAAGAGAAAUAUAGCAACGCCUUUUCCGAGAAGAACUGGGAAGAGGUAGUAAAGACGUAGCUAGCUACAUCUCUACACAAACGACUGAUAUAGCACUGACAGUCAUCAGUCAUUACUCUCACUGUCAGUAUCAUUGGAGUGACAGCUAACUAACGUUAGCUAGCUAGAUAUGACUGGUUAGCUAUCUGUGGAUGGGCGCUAACGACAAUAAACGUUAGCUAGCUAGAAUACUAUUAAAGAUUUGUUUAAAUGGCUAAACCAUUUUGAUAUUAAACACAGUUUUCUUUACAAUAUGUGAUACUGCCAGUCUCAUUGAUUGGCUAGUUAUGUUAGUUACUUGCACUCGGCUAUGCCCAGAACUGUCCCCUUGCCUUGGGUUCCAGAGGCCACAGGCUUUACUACCUAUCCCAUUCAUUGCACUCAUUCAUUCCACUGUCCUGUAGGAGUUCAAUAAGGUGCCUAUGUUCAUGAAGACAGCCCCAGACGAGAUUGACCCCAUGAAACACCCGGAGCUGGCUGCUAUUCAGUCAAUCAUCCACGACGAUGACAGACCACUAGAGGGUAUGGCAGCCGUUACUGUACUUUUUGUCCACUCCUGAUGAGGGGAUUGGCUAUCCCAACCAAACCCAGAGUCAAUCGUUGUUUCCUUAUUUCUACUCAGAGCAAGCCGAGAGCCUGAAAGAUGAGGGGAACGACUACUUCAAAGAGAAGAACUACAAGAAAGCUAUAGUGUCCUACACAGCUGGACUGAAGAAGAACUGCAGUGACUCUAACGUCAAUGCCAUCCUGCUCACUAACCGAGCAGCAGCACAAUUCCACCUGGGUACAGACCUGUUCUUAGAACUUACCCAUCUGUAGAUCUCAUGAUAUUGGUCUGUGAGUCUUCCAAAACUUGGUCUGGAAUGUUUGUUGCAGUCACUCACUCUCUCCUCUUGCCUUGCAGGUAACAUGCGCUCUGCACUGAAUGAUUCUGUCGCUGCAAAGAAGUUUAAACCAGACCACCUCAAAGCAUUAAUCAGAGGUUUGUCCAUAGAAUAAACAUCACAUUUGACUAUUCUACCAGAAGACACAUCUAGACACUACACAUUUGCUAUGAGACAAAUGCUGUAUGCAUGACUCCUCUCUCAUCCUCCUGCUGUGUGACUGUGUCUGUGCAGGUGCCUCGUGUUGCAUGGAGCUGAAAAAAUAUACAGAUGCCCUGCAGUGGUGUGAGGAGGGGCUCAAGCUGCAGCCCACAGACAAGAAGUUACUGGAGCUGAGAGCUACAGCAGACAAACAUAAGGUAUAUUACAGGCCUUAAUAUGGCCUUGUCUCCUUUCCAUUGUGUAGUCCAGUCCAUAUUUGAGAUGAACCUAUGCUGAAAUUGUUGUAUUUAUGGUUUAGAGAGCAGCAGAGAGAGAUGCAAGGAAAACAAAGGUCAAAGAAAAGAAGGAGCUCAAUGAGAGAGAGGCUCUGCUGGCUGCUAUAAAGGUGAGCGAGAUCAUAGUCACACGACCUGCAUCCAACCUCAUGAUUCCUUUAUAAGGAGGGUUGACGAAGGAACUGGCGCAUGGCAAUACAUAGUUUUUAUGACACGUGCUUUACAGGAGCGUGGCAUCAAGUUACUGAAGCCUAAGCAGCGUCCUAAGCGCAGCUCUGACAGUGAGGAUGAUGAUGGAGGCUCCUCUAGAGCCAUGGCAGGCCUGGACCUGGACGGUCUGUGUUCUGCGGAGGCCACAGGGGCAAAGGUGUUCCUGGAUGAACAGGGUGUCAUGCAUUGGCCAGUCCUAUUCCUGUACCCCGAACACCAACAAACAGACUUCAUCUCAGCCUUCAGCGAGUCCUCCAGGUAUGAUUAUCUCUCCUCUCUCACUCUCUCCCUAAACAGAAUGUGGGGUUGGAAGGGUCUACAUAAAAUCAGACAGUAUUUUGUUUUGUAGGUUUGUAGAUCCUAGAAGUCAUCCAACCCAAUACUCUACAAGAUGUCUAAAGUAGACCAAUGUUGCAUUGCUAAUGACCAAUAACACUCAAAAUAAUACUGAACAUAACAUUUGAUUUUUUAGCUUCCUAGAUCACCUGACUCUCAUGUUUGGAGAGGAACUCCCACCUUGGGACACUAACAGGAAGUACUCUCCACAAAACCUUCAGGUCAGUACUUUUUACUUUGAUUUAUUGGUUUCAUUGAACAGUUUUGGGGUUAUAUACUGUAUCUCUGAAAUUGUGUUUUCCUUAGUUGGUUUUGACUUUUUUACCAUUCUGACUCCUUAGCUGUUCUUUGAAGACCACGAGAAAGAGUCCUUACAUCAAGUCAACCCAGAGACGCCUCUCCUUAAAAUCCUUCAGCAUAAAAGGUACAGAAUGUAUUUUUCUCACCCAGUUGUUUGAACUCACUUGUAUAAUGUGACUUGCUAAUUGCUUUCUCAUGGCUGAUCUUUCCUGCUUUUUUGACAGGUGUUUUGUAAAGGCAGGAACUCCCAGCUUUGUCAUUCUGGUAAAGGGGUCGCCGUUCUGCGGGAAGUUCUUAUCAGAAAGAAAAACACAUAGACUGUAAUGACACUCUUCAUUAAUCAGCCUAGACCUGUCAAUCUCACAGACUACUGGUAUGAACUCUAUCCCACCAACGAGAAAGGACUGCACUCCUCUCCACUCCCUGCCCAAAGUAAAUGGAAAAGUGUAGAUUUUGUUUGUUAUGAAUGGGAACCGUUACAUUGUUCCAGAUAUCUCCAGCAUGCUCUGUGAUUGGCAAGAUUGCAGUGUUCAUAAACUGUUCAUACUGUAUCUAUAGAUCAAAUUGUAUAUGCGUGUCAAUUUGGGAAGCUGUCAUAAAAUGUUAUAAUUAAGACACCAUGUCACUAUUACUAAAAGGCCUUACAACAAAAUAUUGGCAUUUGUUUGUAAUUUCCUUUUCACUGUCUCAACAACAUAACAUACUAUGUAUCGUAAAAGCCAAACCAACCCAUAUGUUGCACAUAUAGUUGACAAGACUCAGUCUGACCAAACCAGCUUUUCUUGCCCUGUAAGAGCAUUCUCCAGCUGCUUGUGUGUUACAGUGCACCAUAGCCCCCAAGCCGCAUUACUCAAUAACCAGGCUGGCUUUAUGAAGAUACUCUUGUUUCUUCCUCAUAACAGGAUUACACGGAGGGUUGAGUAAUAAUCAAGUUGAAUUCUCAUGGAAAUAUUUAUUUUUAGGUCUGUAAAAACCCCUGGGACAGGAUAAAUCAAUAAGCUUUAGAACAGCGUUUCCCAAACUCGGGACCCCAAGGGGUGCACAU